AUGCCAAUGGCUUGCACAACAAAUUUGAUGAUAACAUGUUCCCUUCCAAUGGAGACAGAGGAGGAGUGGAGGAAGAGGAAGGAGUUGCAGACGCUGAGGAGGUUGGAAACAAGAAGAAAGCGCUCUGAAAAUCAGCAGAGGAACAUGAAGGCCAUGAGAAAAAAGAGUAACCGUUUUUCUUCUUCUUUCUCUGAAGAUAUUGUUGCUUUUGUUGAUGGAAACAAUAGCAAUUUGGUGGAGGCUGCUUUGAAUAAAUUUAGUAGUUUGGAAAGAACGACGUCAUUGAGUACUAGCGUGGCUUUAACUGAUACAGCUUCUGCUUCCAACAUAAGUUAUUCUCAAGACUUGAGGCACUUACAAAUUGAACUUGCGUUGAAAUUUGAGAAUGCGAUAGAGGAGGAGUGGAGGAAGAGGAAGGAGUUGCAGACGCUGAGGAGGUUGGAAACAAGAAGAAAGCGCUCUGAAAAUCAGCAGAGGAACAUGAAGGCCAUGAGAAAAAAGAGUAACCGUUUUUCUUCUUCUUUCUCUGAAGAUAUUGUUGCUUUUGUUGAUGGAAACAAUAGCAAUUUGGUGGAGGCUGCUUUGAAUAAAUUUAGUAGUUUGGAAAGAACGACGUCAUUGAGUACUAGCGUGGCUUUAACUGAUACAGCUUCUGCUUCCAACAUAAGUUAUUCUCAAGACUUGAGGCACUUACAAAUUGAACUUGCGUUGAAAUUUGAGAAUGCGAUAGGUUUACUCUUAAUCUAA